UCCGGCUGGAGCUGUGCACGACUUGUCAGCGAGCGGCCUGAAGUUUGGAUGCGGCGGACGCUGGGAGUUUACGAGACGCUUUGUUGACAUCGGGCCAGAAGAAGCGGAAGAAGGGAGGGUCGGUGCGUGUGUCGCCCGCCCGUACAGCAGCCCCUCCCGAAUGGCCUUCUGUCGUCCCUCCGGCGUCAGGCCGGGCCUCUACUGAUCCUCCGGAAGGGGGCAGCAGUUCGGACCCCAUGACAGGCUGAGCCGCAGCGGUCCCGCAGGGACUGUACAAGCCAAGGCACCUCGGACUUUUCCCCACUUCUCGUAGUCAGAGCUGAGGCCUGCGACAUGGCUGCGUCCCAGGCCUCCAGCGGCUCCAACCCGAGGAAGUUCAGCGAGAAGAUCGCUCUGCACAAUCAGAAGCAGGCCGAGGAGACCCGGGCCUUCGACGAGCUUAUGACCGACCUGACAGUGUCCCGGGUUCAGUUCCAGAAGCUGCAGCAGUUGCGAAUUGCACAAUCCCGGGCUCAGUACUACGGCGGCUCAUUGCCAAAUGUGAACCAGAUAAGCAGCAGUCCGUCUGAUUUCCAGGCUUCUUUUCAACAAGCGGAUAAUAUACGAGGUAUGAGGCACCAUGGGUUGGUGGAAAGGGUUUCACGGAAUCGCCUGCAUUCCCCUCUACACAGACCCGUAGAGAAGCAUGGACGUCAAUGUGACAGCUCUCCGUAUGGAUCGGUUUAUCUCUCCCCUCCGCCUGAUAAUAGCUGGAGAAGGCAGCAUGCUACCUGGAGUGAAGAGAAACGGCCAGGAUUUAGACUAUUGUCUGCUCUCAACAGAACGAACUCGGACUCUGCACUUCACACGAGUGCCUCGAGUACCAAAACUCAAGAUCCGUUUGUAUGUGGAAACCAACCUGCAGCACGUGCCCCCAGACAUCCCCAGCGCAACACAAGUUUACACGACGGGGAAAUAGACAACUUUGUAGAAGUUUUUUCAUUUCCAAAUGCGUUGACAGAAGAGAACAUGCUGAAUGUUUCCAGGCCACUGCCCAAACAGCUAUGGGAAGCCAAAAAGGUCCAGUCCAUGACAUCUCGUCCUCGAUCCUGUGAAGUUCCAGGCAUCAAAGUUUUUCCAUCUUCAGAUCCCAAUGCCGGCCUCUCACAUUUCCAGGGGAACCUCAAUACUGGUGGAUCACUACCAGAUCUUACAAAUCUGCAUUUCCCCUCUCCUCUGCCCACACCGUUGGACCCAGAUGAAACUACGUAUGCCAGUAUGGGUGCAGAGAAUAGCACAGGGGGGCUCCCUGCUGCUAUGACACAUCUGGGCAUUAGUGGCUCUCCAGAUCACUGGAACUCCUAUGAAGUUUGUGUCACAAGAACGAAAGGUUUGCAGAACACUCGUAGCAAUCCAUCUAUUCAGGCAACACUGAACAAUAGCUCUAUGGCUUCUCCUGUAAACAACCACGGACCUCCAGCUGGCCGCUCUAACCCAUCUCUUCACCCCUCUCUUCGCCUGGCAUCCCUCAGCAACCCUUCUCUCUCAACGGCUGCGCUUGGCAGUUCCCCAAGGCGGAGACACACUCCUGUUAGCCCACUGACCUUAACCCCAGGCAGUGAGUCAAAUCGGAGCCUAAGUGGACAGUUUUCACCCACCAGCCCAAUGAAUAUGCCAACUAAUUCACAGGGUAUGUCUCUAGGGUAUGACAGGAAUCCACUCUCUCUUCCUCCAUUAGAACCUCCUCCACCUUAUCCUUUAUACCAAGAGCAAUCCCAACACCCACUUCAACACACAGCGCAACAUAUGCAUGAAUCUAUGGAGUCUCCAAACUUUCAGCCUCCCUCACCUGUACCUUGUCCUCAUUUGGACUUAAAUUUGGCGAAUAGCACCCUAAGUGGUUUCUUUUCUGACCCCAUCUUCGAUCAGCAACAGUCCAUGAGACAGGGGAAAUGUCUGUGGCAACAGCAAGAACCAUAUGAUAUGUACGGGAGUCCCAGCAGUUCCCUUCCCAACAAUAAUUUCUUCGAUCCAAACAUGAACCUUCAGUAUUCCCAGGCAGCCAUGAUGGGACUAGGAGGGAGUCAUGGAAAUCUUCAAGAUCCUUUCCAGCUGAGGACAAGCUACUUGUAUUCCAAUUGCAGUGGGAGUGUUCCAAACAUUAUCCUUACAGAUGACUCGAGCAACAGCUUAUCGAAGGACAUUGGCAAUGCAGUUGCAGGAGUUUCCGAGCUGGGCUUUGAUACAGAUAAUACAUUUCAGUUGGAUGAUGAUCUGAAACUUGGACCUUUGAGCUUGGAUAAUCUGAGUAUGUUAAGUGACAAUGAAAUGGUCCUGCCUGACCCCACCAUAGAGGACACCUUCCGUUCUGACAAGCUGUGAUUCAGACUUCUUUUGGAACGUUGACUGCUGCAGUCGUUUCAUAGAAGAACAGAGAAGAAAACCUGUUCUGGCGGCAACUGAGAACAAAUGGCUUUGUUCCAGGCCUGUUCACUAUUUUCUGGAUACUAAGCAGUUGUAGUUACUUAAGGGUCUUUGACUUUUGAAUGUCUGGUCAGGUAGAAAUACUAAGAUACUGCUUGAAACCAAGCCAGUAAUUGACGUCUUGUAGAUAAGCACACAAGAUUCUCUGUGAAAAUGUCCUUGUAGAAGAACUGCCUUCCUACAUUUUUUAUGGUGAUGCACCAUUGCCUUACAUUUUUCUACCCUUUCACACUUGCAGCCGUUGUCAGAACUUAUUUGAAUCUGCUCAAAUUACGAAGGAUUAAGACUAAACAAUACAAAGAAAAAAAACUUUCUGAAUGGUUAAAACCCAGUGAUAAAAAGGCAGACUUUGCUGGGGAUUCCAUAUUGUACAGUCUGGAACCACUGACCUCAAGACUUGCUGAUGGAUAUUUGUCAGGUUUAAAAGUCCAUUCUGCUUUGAACUUUUGCCAAAUUUAAGUAAGAUCUGGUAUAAAAGUAUAACAAAUCAUUAUAUAAUGUAGUGAGGUAAUACUGCAAUAGUGCCUUAGUCCUAGACACUUUCUCAGAAUUUAUGUAUCCAAUCGCUUUACACAAACGGUGAAACUUUGUUAGUUUUUCCACCGAUCAACCGUUCGGAAGUACCAAUUCAGAAAAUGUGCUCCUAAACUGCAUAGCUUUGUCUAUUGUGUCGUGGACAGAGCUGGUAACUAGCGAUGCUCCCAUAGAAGUGAAUACUGCAGUAAUCUGCUCAAUCCACUACUCAGUAGACGCAGAUGUCUAAUUACGAUGCCUGAUUUCUGUGCCGGAGCUACUGCCAAACAGCUGAUCGACUGUCCUGGGUGUAAGACACCUGCCAAUCUGAUAUUAAUGACCUCUCCUGGGGAUAGGUCAUCAAUUGUUAAAGCCUGGAGAACCCCUUUAAAAAUGAUAUAUACAUUUAUGUAUAUAAAUUCAUUGAUUUUAUACAAUUUAACCGAUUUAAAGGGGCUGUCUCACCAAUGCAAGGGAAAUGUAGUAUUACAUGGCAGGCUUGCAAAUUUAUGGGUGGUGUACAUUGUCUUGAGCAAGAGAUGCCCUUAUGUAGCAGCUCUGUACUCUGGUGUUUAAAUAGGUGCCCCAUUCAAGUAUCACAGCAGGUGCCUGUUGACUCCCCACUAAAUGAUGUUCAUGUAGUUCAUCUAACAGCUCUUUAUUUAGGAAUAUCAUCUUUUGUCCCACAGAGUCGUUUCCUCCUGAUUGCUUGUUCCCUUUGCCACCAUUUCUGUUUCUAACCCCUGUAGGACUACCAUAAGACUAUCCUGAGAUGACUAAGGAUCCUCCUCGUUCUGCUCCCUACUCAGGAACUUCAAACGCAAGUGGGAUAGUGUAAAAUCACUACCACUUCUUCAUUAUACCUCAAGCUCAUGAAUAACAACAUGCAGUUCGUCAUGUUCCAGCCAAACCCUGGAUUUUGCCCUUACAGCUUCUUCUGGGGCAUACUCUUUUAGAAGUGAUUGUCCCAUUGUGUUCCAGAGUGCUUUUAUGAGAAGAAUCCUUGAUCUCGGGAUCUUCUUCUGGUUGCCCUGCAGGGAUGAGCAGCACUAUUGGUAGGAGUUGGGCACAAGUAACUAGGAGGAACAUACUCUGUGAAACAAAGAUAUAUCUAAAGAAGGAGUUGUUUGAUGAAAUAAUAUGUGAACGUUGUUGAGCGGUGAGGUGACAUGAUAUGGUUUAUUUUAAAUAGGGGGUACUGAGCAUCCAUAAGAAAUGCAUACACCCCGUGAGUCUAAUAGAUACUGAAAAAUAAUCCUAAUAGAAUUGGUACAGUGACAUCAGGUUAAAUGCCAAAGAAUUGAUUGGGGUCUGCCAUGAUUGUUCGCUUUAAACAAAAUCAUGUCAAAAUGUGGAACAAAUGCUAGUGUGAACACAGUCCACAGCCUACCGGUACUGAACUUCUUAUUUUAGCAUAAACUGUUAGAUAAUUAUCAAGAACAGGAAUAGUAUAAUUCUUUAGGGUUACUCUUAUAGUAGAUUCUGUAUUUCUUUGGGAUGCCUUUACGUGCCGUAAAGAUUUUGGUGCAAAAAUUUCUGCAACUGAGUGAAUCUGUUCCAUUCAUCUGAAUGGGGGAUUCAGAAAUCCAUAUGCUUGCUGCCAAACAACUCCAUCUAAAUGUCUGGAACUCAUUUUUGUCACAGAAACUUCUGAAACAAAAUCUGUUAUGUAUUUAGGCACUCUUGGUAUCAAAACAUUUUCGUUUGGGUUCGGCCUAUUUCACACGAGCCAUCUUUCCAUCGGAAUGUGGUCCGUUUUUAUAACAGACAGCAUCCGGACUGAACCCUGACCCAGGGUAUGUGCACAUGAGCAUUGUUUUUCACUAACCAUCUGUCCGUUCAGGAAAAAUCGCAGCGUGUUUCAUCUUCAUCAGUUUUUUUACGCAAGCCUGGUCCAUUAAAGUCCAGUGGAUCGGUGAACAAAAAAACGGAAGCACACUGAAGGACUUUCCGUUUUUCGCUGAUCAUUGCUGGAGAUGCUGAGUGAUAUUCUUCAGUUUUUCUUCAAGUACAUGAAAACCGCAUCAAAAAUUUAUUGCAUCCACGUGUAAAAAAACACAUGAACUUAACAGAGUUGCAGAAAACGCGGAAGCAAACUGAGCGGAAAACGUCAGUUUUUCACUGGCAUAACUUGGACGAGUUCCCUAUAUCUUGUGUGAAAAAAGCCUGAAGUUGAUUACAGUUGAUGGUGCAUUCAAUAGAAAAUUUUGAUGUUUUCUUACAGCCAUAAUCCGAAUUGGAUCCAUAAAUGUGGAUAAGUAUGAACUGGUUUCUAGAUAUUGAUGAGCUAUCCUUUGUUUUCAGCAGCCACCAGCGCCAAAAACAACACUGUAAAUGAAGCCAGAGGCAGAAGGCUCCGAUCUUCAGUAAGCCCUCUGCUCCUGGCUCUGUCCAUGGUUUUGUUUCAAACACCAGCGGCUGCCAAAAAGAGCUUUUCAGUGGGCAAUUCCACUGAUCUGAUAUUGAUGACCUAUCCUGAAGAUAGGUCAUCAAUAUCUUGAAACCAGAAAACCCCUUUAACUCUACAAGAAAAAAAGAAAAAAAAAACACUUUAGGGUCCAUUCACAUGUCUGCAAGUGUUUUGAAGUCCUCAAAUUAUGGACCGCACAUGACCAACACUAUGAUAGAAAUGCCUAUCCUUGUCCGAGGCUGCGGACAAGAAUAGGACAUGCUCUAUCUUUUUUGCGGGCCACGGAACGAAACUACAGAUGCGGGGACAGUACAUGGUGUGCUGUCCACAUCUUUUGCAACCCUAUUGAAAUGAAUGGGUCUGCACCCAUUCAGCAAAAUUGCGGAACGAAUGUGGACCCAUUUAUGCGGACGUGUGAAUGGACCCUUAUAUGAA